GUGGUGUUUAUUUACAGAAUGAUAAAUGUACUACAAGUGUUUGGAGCUUUGACUCCAUGGGAAUUAUUGAUCAAAGGGCGCCUGCCCCAGCCUGGUCCUAACCAGACUCUCGUACAUUUUUGAGGGGAAGUACGUAGGAGAGCAGAGACAGGCUGGUAAAACAGGUCAUUCGGAGCAAUGAAAUUCUUGUGACAUGGAAAGCAAACUUGUAAAAACGUAGGUAUGAUAAAACAAAACAUUUAGAGAAUAAAAAAACAAAACAAGAUCUCAUGUUAAACCAUACCAAUCCAUACAUUGAACACCGAGGGAUAAAUGGGUUUGUACAAUCUUAGACAAACUUACUUUACAUUGUAUAAUAAUACUUGUUUUCUCACUCAGGUGACCUUGGAGACGACAGGUGGGGAGAGUGUUCUGGAAAGAGUGGGGGUGUGAUGGGGUGUAACUUCCAAACUGUGGUCCUUUAUAAGAGGGGACAGGUGACAGUGACAUGACGGUGUUUGCUGAUACUUGAGGUGACUGAGCACAGUUGUCCUCUUCAGACCCACUGAGCUGCCCAUGUCUCCCUCCUGUGUGACCCUGGCCCUGGGGCUGCUGUUCCUGGCAGGUACCCAUGCCCAGAUCAAGAUCUUCAACCUGCGUGCCACCAAGCUCCCCAGCGACCUCCUGGGCACCACCGAUGGCUACGUCAAGGUGUUCUGCGGCCCCGACGCCCUCGGGAAAACCUCCGUCCGCAACAACGACAAGAACCCCUGGUGGCCGGAGGAGUUCAGCUCCUUCAAGACCGCGGAGAACGACGUCCUGAGGCUGGAGGUGUACGACAGCGACCUGCUGUUCGACGACCUCCUGGGAACCUGCCAGAGGCAGGUGAAGAUCGGCACCCACCAGCACGACUGCUUCCUGAAGAAGGGAGGCACGCUCACCUACUCCUACACUCUCCAGCAGUGAAGCUGCUCUCGCAGGGAGGCGUGAGGAUAGUGACGCAUACCUCCUACUCCGACACUCUUCAGCAGGGCAGCAUGGGGAGGUCCCAGUGAGAUCCCCACACUUAACCAAGCCUGACACCGUUAUCAUACCCCCUCUACUUAAUCAGAAUCCCCCUCCUGUCUAACAGUCUAUUCAGUGUCACAACCCUCACUUCAUUUACACUGUUGACCCGAAUCCCUGUAGUUGUUCUUUAUAAAUGUCAUCCUAAAUUAAGAAAUGUAUCUAUACAUUUGGACGACUGUGUUCUAAAUGUAAUCUUUAAUCUGUUCUUGGCCUCACAUCUGACUGAAUGAAUUAAAAGCCUCCCUGCCGGAUGA